AGGACAUUGACUGUAAAAUGAGUUCUUCAUCUCCAAGCUAUGAUCAACCCAUGGGGAAUGAUCCCUCUGAAUUCAGUGAUGAAACUGUGACUUCUGACUCCAGUGUCAGAAAAAGGAAGAGGGGCAGAUCAGAGUCUCCAGAACCCAGUGGUGUGUCUGUGAAGAGUGACAGGUCCAUGGAGAAUCCCAUUGUAUUCAGUGAUGGACCAGUGAUCCCUGACCCUCUGAAGGAGGUAUGUGGGCCGAUCAGAUCUGUACCAUCCUCUGCAUCCCACUUUCAGACUCACAUCAGGCAGGACAACACUGAAGCAGUUCUGCAGAGACACACAAUGGAGACUGGAGACCUGCAAACAGUCAAAGACCAGCACAAAACCAGCAUGAAGAACAAGUAUGAGUGCUUAUUUGAGGGAAACAAACUUCAAGGGAAUCAAACCCUCCUGAACAGGAUCUACACACAGCUCUACAUCAUAGAGGGAGAGAGUGAAGGAGUGAAUAAAGAACAUGAGGUUUUACAGAUGGAGACAACAGCCAGAACAAAACAGUCACAAGACACUCCAAUUGACUGCAAUGACAUCUUUAAAGCCUCAUCUGAACCAGGAUUUGAGGAGAAAGAGCAAAUCAAGACUGUUCUUACUAAAGGCAUCGCUGGAAUUGGAAAAACCGUCUCUGUGCAGAAGUUCAUUCUGGACUGGGCCGAGGGAAAAGCCAAUCAGGAUGUGGAUUUCAUGUUUGUGCUUCCAUUUCGAGAGCUGAACUUCAUUAAAGAUCACCAGUACAAUCUUCACAGACUUCUGCUGGACAUUCAUCCUGAACUUCAAGAUCUGGACUCAAAGAUUUAUGAUGAAUGUAAAGUUGUGUUCAUCUUUGAUGGCCUUGAUGAAAGCAGAAUCACACUGACGUUUUCAGACGGUGUGAAAGUUUCUGAUAUAAAUGAGUCUUCAUCAAUGUGUGCGUUAUUGUCAAACCUCAUCAGAGGAGAUCUGUUUCCCUCUGCUCUCAUCUGGAUCACUUCCAGACCAGCAGCAGCCAAUCAGAUCCCCUCAAAAUACAUCAAGCGUGUGGCAGAAAUUCAGGGAUUUAAUGAGCCUCAGAAGGAGGAGUAUUUCAGGAAGAAAAUCAGUGACGAGCAUCAAGCCAGCAGAAUAAUCUCACACAUCAGAAGAUCAAGAAGCCUCUACAUCAUGUGCCACAUCCCCGUCUUCUGCUGGAUCUCAUCCACUGUGCUUCAGAACAUCCUGAAACAAGAUCUCAGUUCAGAAAUCCCUCAAACUCUGACUGAAAUGUACAUCUACUUCCUGCUCAUUCAAACAAAUAUGAGGAACCAGAAGUAUGAAGAGAGAGAUCCAGAGAAACUCCUGCAGUCCAACAGAGAAGUGAUUGUGAAACUUGCUGAAGUGGCUUUCAAACAGCUGAUGAAGGGCAAUGUGAUGUUCUAUGAGGAGGACCUGAUUGAGAGAGGCUUAGAAGUCACAGACUCAGUGUUUUCGGGGAUUUGCACUCAGAUCUUUAAGGAGGAAUCUGUCAUUAAUCAAAAGAAAAUCUACAGUUUUAUUCAUCUGAGUGUUCAGGAGUUUCUCGCUGCUUUCCACGUGUUCCACUACCAUGUGAAUACAACUAUGGAAGAACUGAAGAAUUUUGCUUCAGUACAAAAUUUGCUUAAAGGUGCAGUAGAUAAAGCUCUUGAGAGUGAGAAUGGCCACCUGGAUCUGUUCCUGCGGUUCCUGCUGGGCGUCCCACUGGAGUCCAAUCAGAGACUCUUACAGGAUCUACUGACACACAAGGAGAACAGCUCAGAGAGCAUCAGGAGAACCACACAGUACAUUAAAGAGAAGAUCAAAGAUGGACAUGGACUCUCCACUGAAAGAUCCAUCAAUCUGUUCCUCUGUCUGCUGGAAGUGAAAGAUCAGACUCUGUCCAGAGAGAUUCAGGAGUUUGUGAAAUCAGACAAACACUCAGGGAAGAAACUUUCUCCUGCUUACUGCUCAACAAUCUCCUACAUGCUUCAGAUAUCAGAAGAGCCGCUGGAUGAGCUGGACCUCAAGAAAUACAACACAUCAGAUGAGGGUAGAAGAAGACUGAUACUAGCUGUGAGCAACUGCAGUAAAGCUCUGUGA